AUGCCGCCCUCCGAGCUCGACUUGCCGCUGCCAGCGCAUCUGCCACCUCUGGCGCCAGUCUCCAUCUCGCCGCACGCCUUCUUCGACCUGAUCGUCAUCGGCUCGGGCCCUGCGGCGCUGGCGCUCGUCUCGCGCAUCUUGGAGCAGCGUCCAGCUGCGCUGUACACCGACGCCGAACACCAGCACCUGCACUGGCUGAAGCGCAGCUCGGCCUCACGGGGCGGCAUCCGCUCGGCCCGCACGCUGCGCACCAAGGCCCGCGGCUCGCAGCGUGCUCUGGCCGGCGGCAAUGGGCCGCCUGACGAUGAGGAGAGGCCGGCGGCCGGCGACUGCGAGUGCGAGGGCGUGAUGCGUAUCUUGGUCGUCGACCGCCUCGGCGGCUGGCUGAAGCACUGGGACACGCUCUUUGCUGCAUUCGAGAUCAGCCAUCUGCGAAGCCCGAUGUGGUUCCAGCCCGCGCCCUCCGACCUUGACGCACUCGUCGCGUUCGCCGAGAAGCACGGCUGCGUCCCUCGCAGCGCAAUUGCGGCACCGUCGGAAGCCAGAGGCCGCUCCCAGCGUCGCGAGCGUGGUCUGCCGGGCAACAUGCGCGUGGAAGACGGGCCCGCAGCACCGGCAAAGGACUAUAGCCUGAUCGAGAUCGGCGGCUGUGUGGGCAAGGAGGCUAGCAAGCACCGCAAGAAGAAGCUCGCAAACAGCAGCGCAUACAAACGUCUGCACCGUGACAUCGGACCGGCGGUCAACGAACGCGACCGGCAAGACUAUCACACGCCAUCCACGGCGCUCUUCCGCGACUUUGUGCAGCAGGAGGUCGUCGAGCGCUACGGUCUCGACGGCAAGUGGACGAUUGCAAAGGAGACGCUCGCGCCCGUGCAGAGCGACACAGAUACCGAGCCGCCUGCGAUCACUCUGGUGCGCGGUGAGGUCUCGAAGAUGCAAUACGGCGACCUGCACGUCGCCGGCUACGAGCGCAUCGAGGGCUUCAGCGUCGAGACGGCGUGCGGUGGCCGAGCCGGUGGACGAGCGGUCGUGUGUGCGCUCGGACCUGGCGGGCCUCCGGCUCUGCCCGCCUGGCUCCGGCGUCCGACUACUCAACCUUGCGCCGGCAAAGGGUGGGCGCACACCAGUGCGCUCGGAUCGCCGUCGUUCAAAUUCCCACCGGCGCACGUCAAGGAGCGAGGAGGCGGCACGCUGCUCGUCGUCGGAGGGGGGCUGACCUCAGCGCAAAUCUGCGACCUGGGUCUGCGCAAGGGCUUCGACAAGUGCAUCCUCAUCAUGCGAGGCCACAUGAAGGUCAAGCCGUUUGACGUCGGACUCGAGUGGAUGGCGCGCUACUCGGCCCUCUCGAAGAUGCAGUUCUGGCAAGAGGAGGACGCCACGAAGCGGCUCGAGAUGCUGCGAGGAGCGCGAAAGGGCGGCUCGAUCACGCCGCCUUGGGCAGCUCGCAUCCGCCAGCUCGAGACGACCGGCUCCCUGCAGAUCUGCACGCACACGACGGUCUCGACCGCCUCGUGGGACAACACGCAGCAACGCUGGUCGCUCGACCUGGUCACCACGACCGACGGCCGCGAAGUGCACUCGCAGGCGACGCCAGACUACAUCGUCGCUGCGACUGGUGCUGCACCUGGCUUCUCGUCGUUGCCGUUCGUCAAGGACUUUGCGCAGCGUCAUCCCCUUCCCGAGGUCGGAGAGCCGUCGCUGACCCGCGCCUUGCAGUCCAAUACGGAGAGCUUCCGCUGUUCUGCGUUGGUGGCCUGGCAGGACUGCAGAUGUGAUUGCUGCAGACUCGCUUCGGACGCCCAGGCUGACUCGAGCAUACGCAGCGGACCCGCGGCCGGCAAUCUGGGCGGCAUGCGCGAGGCAGCGGACCGUGUGGCGACGCGGCUCGGCGAGCUGUCGCUCGGCACGCCCAGCAACACGACGGAGGCCUCAGGUUCGUCGGGCGAGGGGCUGCCCGCUGAAGAGAGCCAGGCGACCGCGGGCGGGCGCGAGUGGUUCGGCUUCAGCGCGCUGGCCGUCGAGGGAUGA